AACUAACAUACCUUCACGCAAAAUUUUUGGACGGACCGACAGCCAAGAAGUGUCUGAAGCUUAUAAGGUCUACGAUUCAACUAUUUGUUAAGGAAAAGGCAGAGUAGGUCUACUAAAAAGCUGAUAUGAAGAGAGUGUUUCAGCUGUCAGACAAGACCCAUGGUCCGGGUCCUGUCAGGUUCUGUUGGCAAACAACUCUUGGUAAUUACCUCGCCACCUAUGGCGCUGAUCACAACGUUCAUAUUUACGAUCGUCAUGGUGAACGUAGAGAUGAAAUCAACCUACCCGGAUCCUGCACAGGCAUCGGGUGGGACAGAGAUGGAGACACCUUAGCCCUGAUAUGUGACAAAAGCAGCGUGGUGUUUCUCUGGGACGCCAACAGCCAUCGCAAGUCUCAGGUCGACAGUGGUUUCAAGGAUUCAUUGACCUAUUUGCUUUGGUCAAAGUCUGGCCCACAGCUAGCCAUCGGGACAACAAAGGGCAAUCUUCUUAUCUACAAUCAUCAGACUUCAAGGAAAGUGCCCAUCCUCGGCAAGCACACAAAGAAGAUAAUCUGUGGUGCAUGGAGUGCUCAGAACCUUCUUGCGUUGGGAAGUGAGGACAGAACUAUUACAGUUAGCAAUGAAGAUGGUGACACCAUAGCAACGACUGGAGUGCGGUUAGAUCCAUCCGACAUUCAGUUCUCAGAGAUGAAGGUUGAUGAGAGGACAUCUUCGGGAGAGUCAACGAUAAGCGUCAUCGUUGGAAAGAAAACAUUAUUCCUGUACAACUUGGAUGACAGAGACAAUCCGAUAGAGCUUGCCUUUCAGCAGAGAUAUGGUUCAGUGGUUGCAUACACAUGGUAUGGAGAUGGCUACAUCAUGCUCGGGUUCUCCAACGGUUAUUUCAUCGUUAUCUCAACUCAUAUGAAGGAGAUUGGUCAGGAACUAUUCCAAGCCAGGGACCAUAAAGACUCCUUGACUGGUAUCGCUAUCUCGCUUUCACUCAAUAAAGCGGCAUCAUGCGGCGAUAAUUGCAUCAAGAUCCAUGACCUCUCUGACCUGAAGGAACUCUAUGCCAUUAUCAACCUGGAAGAGGAGACCAAGGGACUAACCGGGAUCGAUUGGACACAGGACGGUCAGCUACUGGCCAUUGGGACCCAGAGAGGUUUUAUGCAUGUAUAUCUGACCAAGCUGCCUAUCCUUGGCGAUGCCCAUGGUACCAGGCUUGCCUAUCUGACCUCUCUACUAGAGGUCACAGUGGUCAAUCCUAUUGAACAGGAGCCUGCUAUACCCAUUGCUAUCGAAGUAGAGCCGACAUUUGUUGCCCUUGGACCGUACCAUUUGGCUGCGGGGAUGAACAACAGAGCAUGGUUUUAUGUACUCAGUGACAAAGAUUAUUACAGCAUACAGUCCAUGCAGACAGGAUGGUGGCCGGAGAAAUUAAAGGAUCACGAAUAUCUGGGUACAAUAAACAGCAUGUCCUUGAACUCUGACUAUGCCGCUGUCUCAUUUGAGAAUAAGGUCCAAUUGCAUCUGAUCGAGUCAGAAGGUAUUGGCGACAACGAGGAGAGAGAGACAAGGUUAUUUCCAGACAAGGAGAAUAGCGGCAAGAUAACAUGUCACACGCUCACUUCGGACUUUCUCAUCUACGGAACUCACAAUGGUGAAUUGAUGUAUUUCUUCAUUGAGGACUGGCAAUUCGUGAAUGAGUUUCGUCAUGUGGUUGGUAUUCGGAGAAUCUUUUCAGACCCCAGCGGAACAAGACUGGUCUUCAUUGAUGAUAAGAGUGAUGGAUUUGUUUACAAUCCGGUUAAUGACCAGACCCUCGAUAUUCCCAACUUCUCACCGACAAUCAAGAAUGUCUUAUGGGAGAACGGGUUCAACUACAAGGGAGUGUUCGUUGCCUAUGACGAUGAGAAGGUCUACUCGUAUCUAUAUUCAAGGGAGACGGUCAAUGGUCCUGCAGUGAUACUGGUAGGCACGACUAAGCUACCGUUUGCUCAGCAGCCGCUGAUGCUCCACAAUGGUCAACUGGUGUGCCAGACUCAGAGUGGUAAGACAACCAGCGUUCAACUCACCACGUAUAACUUCUUAGAGCGUCCUCAGGACCUCCCACAUUCCGAGGUCCGAUCAGCUUUACAGAGGAGCAUUUUGCUGCACCAGUACAAGGAGGCUUGGAUGCUUUGCCAACUUCUGAAUAGCAAAGAAGCAUGGUUAGAUCUCGCCAAGGAUGCCAUCACACAUGCUGAUAUGGAGUUUGCUCUGAGAGUCUACAGACAUAUAGGGGAGGCUGGCAUGGUGCUUUCAUUGCAGAAGAUCACCGUAAGUAUGGAAAAAAAAACAUUAAAGAAUGAAGAAUCUCAUAUUUAUAUGAAUUAACCUCAUGACUGAAUCUUGCAUUUAAUCUAGAUUUCCUCUAUUUCAUAGAGGGAGGUAAGGCACAAGAGAUUUAAUCCUCCUUGCGUGCGAACGGGCUCUGAACGGGGAUUAAGAAGGGUGGACAAUAGACCCCGUUCGUUUACGUUCAUUCACGUUCAGAAUCUUACUGAAAUUGUGAGCGGAGGAGUCUAUUGAAUUUCAUUGUCUUCUCGCACAAAAGGAGUGUGCCACUGAACGGCAAAGCGAACGGUCGGAUUAUCAAUGAAUGAAUACAUGCGAACGUUCAGAUUAUCACAACGCUGGGCGCACACGCUGGACAAUAUUGUCGAGUAUUAAGGAUUGACCAAACUUCGCGCUUUUUGAAAUUAGACGAACAUAUACUUGUUAUUCAUAUUUAUAUUGAAAGUUAAUCAAUUUGACAUUCAGAAUAGAUCGUUGGCCUAUCAUUUCAAUUAAUUUCCCGAGUAUGAAGGGAUGUUGAAACUUUGAGUUUUUAAUUUUUACAAAUGGUAUUCUGGAUUUUUUUCAGUAACAUUCACAAUUAAAAACUAGGGACAAAUCGUUGGGCGAUCAUUUCAAAACAUUCCUCGUGUCUAAACUUAGCGGUUUCUUUAUUUUUUCGAUCGUAUUUUGGUAUUUCUUCGGUUACAUUCGCAAUUAAAAACUCAGGACAGAUCGUCGGGCGAUAAUUAAUUUGCAAGACAGUUCCAAGUAUUUAGUUCCGAAACCCGGGUCCGAAACGAAUCGGGUUUUUUUUCUUUUUAUUCUUACAAACGCAUUCAAAUUUCUUGAGUAACAUUCAAACUCAAUCAAUGUAAAACGCAGGACAAAUCGUUGGGCGAUCGUUUCAUAGCAUUUCCCGAGUAUGAAUGGAUGAUUAAACUUUUCAUUUUCUUUUAUCUUUACGAACGUAUUCCGGCAUUUUUCAGUAACAUUCACAAUUUGAAACUCUGGAAUUUCCCCGAGUAUGAAGGGCUGUCUUAACUUCAUUUUUUGUAUUUAUGUUUCCGAACGUAUUCUGGUAUGUUUCGGUUACAUUCAAAAGAAUGUGCGAUCAUUUUAAGACAUUUCCCGAGUAUGAUAGGCUGUCUAAACUAAAGAGUUUUUUUAAGUUUCCGAACGUAUUUUGUUAUUUUUCAGUUAAAAGUUAAUCCACAUUACUUUUUUAAUAGAACGUUUGACGCACAUUUCUAAACAUGUUCCGAGUAUAAAGGGAUGCCCAAACAGCAUUUUCUUUUAUGACGAUCGUACUACGGUAUUUAUAAAGUUAAAUUAAAAGUUAACAUAUUUGACAUUAAAAAUAGAACGUUUGACGCACAUUUCUUAACAUUUCCCGGGUAUAAAGGGAUGUCCAAACUGCAUUUUUUUGACGAACGUAUUCUUGUAUUUAUUUGAUUAAAUUAAAAGUUAAUCAACCUGACAUUUUGAAUGGAUCGUUUGAUUCAUAUUUCUGAACAUAUCCCGAGUAUAAAGGGAUGCCCAAACAGCAUUUUUUUAUGACGAUCGUACUACGGUAAUUAUAAAGUUAAAUUAAAAGUUAACAUAUUUGACAUUAAAAAUAGAACGUUUGACGCACAUUUAUGAACAUGUCCCAUAAGUAUAAAGGGAUUCUAAACUUUGCGGUUUUUAAUUUUUACGACCAUAUUCUGGUAUUUCCCCAAUUCUACAUUCACAUUC